AUGCAGCUGAUAUCAAUACCAAAUCAUCCUCAAACAGCCCAAACACAUUUGACUAUUGGUAUAGCCUUUGCUCUUGGACUUCAGUACGGAAAUACUAACGACAAUGACGAUAGAUCAAUGUAUCACUAUGAAAAAGCUUUAGCUAUAUAUGAAAAGAACUCAAGUCACUUUGAUGUAGCACGAACAUUGCAACUGAUUGGUACUGACUAUGGUCAAAGAGCAAUGUAUAACUUAUCUAUGAGCAGGUAUAAAAAGGCACUGUCGCUUCGACUUAACUACUACGCAAAAAAUGAUUUGGAUCUUGCUACAUUAUACCACAGUAUUGGCUCAACAUACGAAGACGGAUUUCAGGCCUAUACCGAAGCACUGAAUAACUAUGAAAAAGCGCUAGUUCAUUUUACGGCUGCUUCCCUUCCCCCUGACGAUUCAAAGCUUAUUGAAACUGAAAAUGAUAUAAACAGAGUGAAAGAAUUGAUAAGCAGUACGGUGUCUAGUCCGUCAGGUCCGCUCGAUCAAUGA